AGCCUAACUCGCGUCCAAACUUAACCGUUUGAGAGUAAAGCGAUCAUGGGUUCUUCUUCUAGAAAUCUUUAUGCAGGAAUUGGAGAAGGUCAAUCAACCUCGAGGCCACCGCUCUUUGAUGGCACCAACUACACAUAUUGGAAAGAGCGGAUGAGAAUUUAUAUCCGCUCAACCAACUUUCAGUUGUGGUUGGUCAUCAAGAAUGGCGAGGAAACUCCAAUGAAGAAGGUCGAUGAAAAACUCGUCCCAAAGACCGAAGACGAAUUUGAUGCCGAAGACAUCAAAAAGGUGGAGAACUACGCCAAGGCUAUCAAUAUGUUGUACUGUGCCAUCAAUCCUGAUGAUUAUCGUAAGAUUUCUUGCUGCACCACUGCCAAAGAAAUGUGGGACAAGCUAGAGGUCACAUAUGAAGGUACAGACCAAGUUCGGGAAGCCAAAAUUGACUUCCUAACGCAGGAGUACGAGAUGUUCAGGAUGAAGGAAGGAGAAAAGAUCGAUGACAUGUUCGAUCGGUUUUCAAAAAUCAUCAACGACCUUCACGCUCUCAAGAAGACGUACACCAACAGGGAUCUCGUGAGGAAAAUCCUACGAAGCCUCACACCCGAAUGGAGAUCAAAGGCAGACACAAUCUAUGAAUCCAUCGGAGUCUCAAAUGUCACCAUCGACGGGCUAAGAGGUAAUCUCAAAACUUAUGAAUCUACUAUCCUAACCCCGUCUUUGGAUGAACAAAAGAAGAAGGGUAUAGCGCUGAAAGCAACCAAGGAGUCCGUGGAAGAUGACUCAAGCGAUGAUGACAACGAGUUCGGACUUGUCAUCAAGAAGUUCCACAAAGUCAUGAAGAAAGAAUUUGAAAGAAAAGGAAGAAAGCACGACGGGCCCCCGAAGUGCUAUGGUUGUGGUGAGAUAGGCCACAUCAAGCCGAGGUGUCCAAAAAGCAAAGGCGGCAAGGACAAACCUGGCUUCAAAAAGCAACGCGCCUACAUCUCUUGGGGAGGCGACUCCGGGGAUGAGUCAACGGAUCAGGAAGAGGAGGAAGCCGCCAACCUCUGCCUCAUGGCACACGAAGAUCAAACCGACAACGUUCAAGAGUUUACUCAUAAUCUACUCUACAAGAGAGUCUCGUUCUUGAGUGUACUUGUGUUCUUAGACACGUUGAGAGAAAGUAUUUCUCUCGUUGAUUCAAAGGAAGGUCUGUUUCCUUUGAAGGAUUCGUUGAGUGUUGAUGAGUCUAUUCAACCGAGUAUUGUGUCUCAUACUAUUGCCUUUGAAUUAUGGGAUGAUUUACAAAAGAGGUAUAGUUGCUCCAAUGGACCACGCAUCUACCAGUUGAAGUCCGAAUUGAGUUCCUUACGGCAAAAAAGACAAAGUGUUGUCUCCUACUUUAAUCAGUUUAUCACGUUGUGGAAUCAGCUUCAUGGUUCUAAGGAUCCCACAAAUGGGUGUAAGUGUGCGGCUGCCGCUAUUACUCGUGCGCAGGUGGAGCGGGAUAAAACCAUAGAUUUUCUCCUCGGCCUUGAUGAUGAACAAUUUGGUCAUAUUCGGUUGCAAAUUAUGGCUACCGAACCUGUGCCGGAUAUUGAUCGAGCUUAUUCUUUGAUCUCACAGGAGGAACGUCACCAGUCUAUUGUUCGUUCUCGUGACGAUCGCACCGACUCAGUGGCCUUUGCUGCACGGUCCGAUCGCCGUCCACCUCCUACCGGCAAAUUUUUGUGCUCACAUUGUGGUCGGACUAGUCACACGGUCGAAACUUUCUAUGAACUUAUUGGUUUUCCCACUCACUAUAACAAAGGUCCCGGUGGUCGUGGUUCUUCGGGCAGCAGCCGUGGGGGUCGUGGAAGUCGUGGGGGAGGUUCAGCCGGUGGUCAUGGUGGGCGCGGGUCCGGUGGUACUCCCGCUGCUGUUCCAGGCAGUAGCCAGCCUGCAGUGACCACCACCGGCAGUGGUCCCCCCGCGGCAGUGCACGCAGCUUCGAGUGACGCGCAGUCUUCCCUCAGUGGUCAGAUGAGUCGCCUUAUGUCUAUGCUGGAAGCCUCCGCAUCGCACACUUACUCUGUCCAACCAGUUUUAAAUCCUGCCGACGCCGACUUCCCUGUUCCUUCUCCGCCGGCUGCCUCCCUCGGCGAUACCCCCGAGCAGUCCAGUUCGUCUCCCGUCAUUGUCCCGUCUUCUUCUGUCCCAACAACCGAACAGUCCAUCGACCUCGUCAGUAUUCAGUCGACGGGCGAGUCCCCUACCUCGUCAGUACCGUCUCCGCCUCCUUUACCUCCCCGCACAUGCCGCCUCCCCACCCACCUCAAUGAUUAUGUCCUUCAUUCUGUGUCUACCGUCACUCCAUCUUCCUCUUCACCUAGCUCCGUCUCGUCUGGUACCAGGUUCCCGAUUACUAACUAUGUUCAUUAUAAUAAGUUGCAUGACAGGUACAAGAGCUUUGUUGGUGCCCUAGAUGCUUCUCCGGUUCCCACUUCAUAUAGAGAAGCAGUCAGAGUUGUUAUUUUCGUUCUCAUGGCUCUAGCUAUAUGCGCACCUUUCUCGACAGCAGUUGAGGAAAAUGGGUACUUCGGAGACAGAAAGCUAUUGUUACAGUUACCUAAGAAAUACAAUUCAGCAUCACAAUCUAUUGAUGUAAUCAAGCCACAACUAACUAAGGGCAACAACCCGACACCGCAAUUUGUUGAUGUAAUCAAAGUACCAACCGAGAUACCUAACACAUAUAAUCGUGGUUGCAAUGCCUUUAAUAGAUGUCGCCAUGAGCGCUAAGAGUGUGCUUGCAUUGGGAUUGCAAGUCAUAUACAUUCACUUAUAUUCUAACAUCUAUGUAAGCUCAAUGUCUUUCGAAAUAAAAUGUUGUGUUUUUU